CCCGGUAGUUCUGCGUUAAAGAUAUAUGCUCUGACCUUAGAUAACCACAAUCGACCGAAAGCUACUGCAACACACAACCGACUCUUUCAGUUGGUUUAGUCGUCUAGUACGAGCCUUGUCCAGAUUUCGAAAACAUGUCUGGUUCGAUUAAGAAUGUUGCAAUAUUUGGAGCUACGGGAAUGACUGGACUGGCGACCUUACCGCAAGCGGUUGCUGCAGAGUACAAUGUUACCGUUCUGGUGCGUGACCCAGCCAGACUCCCCGCCGACCACAAGGCCUCCAGAGUAGUGGUGGGGGACGUUCUGAACAAAGACGACGUGAAGAAGACCAUGGAGGGCCAGGAUGCAGUCAUCAUCAUACUGGGAACCAGGAGUGAUCUCGGUCCAACUACAAUGAUGUCUGAGGGGACGAGAAUCAUCCUAGAAACCAUGAAAGCCAGAGGGAUCCGUAAGGUCAUUGGAUGUAUGUCAGCGUUCCUCCUGUGGGACCGGUCCAAAGUCCCCCCUCGCCUAGUCCCCGUCACUGAGGACCAUGACAGGAUGUACACAGUCCUGAAACAGUCUGGCUUGGAUUACGUGGCUGUGAUGCCGCCACACAUUGCCGACAACCACCCCCUGACUGAAAAGUACACGGUCACCGAGAACAUGCUGAAGGGAAGGGUCAUCUCCAAACACGACCUCGGCCACUUCUUUGUCAAGUGCCUCGCCACUUCAGACUGGGAUGGAAAGACUGUGGGGCUCAGUGGGGAGUACAGUUAAAACCUUUGACAUGUUCUAAACACAUUUUUUUUUAUAUAGUUUGAGUUUUAUUUGUGCACAAAGUUACUGAGCCUUACUUAUCCAUACAAUUACAUACAUUUCUUAAAGAUAAAAUAAUGAAUAGAGCUAAGGUUAAAUACAGAAAUACAAUGGCCAUAGUCUGGAUCGGUAACACUAUAUUGUAUACACUAUCCAUCUUGUAGAUUGAUGUGUAUCAUUCGACAAUGUGAAAGACUGAAGUAGCAAAAGCUGACUUGUGCUAGUCACAUUACUUGUAUGGAAAGAGAAUGUGACUUUUGUUAUAGAUUUUAUGCUUUUGCCUAUUGGGGUUUGCUAGUUAUUUGAUUUGGAUCAGUAUCAAGGCCUCUGCUCAAUUUAUUAUUGUUCAAUGAUCUUGAUAUUUUUGUAUUAAAAACAAAUGUUGUUAUUGAAUCUUAUUUGAAAUAAAAA